GUUUUCUUCUUUCACUUACGAAUGUGGUAUAUAACCAUAUGUAGCGUUGUUAUGAAUCCUGAAGUAUUUUAAACAGGGGAAACGAAAUUUUCUACGGCAAAUGCUUUAUUUUCAUAACGUGCGGUUGUUUAUAAGAGAGAGUAACUAGUGUUCGGCGAAUAUUAGUGACCAAGAGGAGCGCAAUAUUCCGUUCUAUUUUGAGAUGCGAUCUUAAUAAUUUCUCAAUCUCCAGUUGUUGUGUGUAGUUUGUGUGUGAACUCUUUUUAAAAAAUACAAACUGACCACGAGGGAUGAGGUGAUUUUUUAAUAAAAUAAAAAAAUCUUCUGGUGCUUCAUACUCUUUAACUUAUAUGUGAAAGUGUCUAAUAUUAUUGUAUACCGUAUUUUUGUGAAACUUAAAGGAUAGACAAAAAAGUAUUUUUAUAUCACUAUGGAUGAAAAUGAAGAUCCUAAAUCACCUAUCAGACGGUUGGGUUCGACCAGAAAACUCCUAGUUUUCAACAAUAUAAGGCUUCAAUUGAACGAACAAUUACGAUGUCUGGAUAUGCGCAUGGAAGCCCAAGUGGCUCUGUUAACAGAACUCCAGGAUUUUUUUCGACGAAGAGGCGAACUGGAGUUGGAUUACUCGAAGAAUUUGGAUAAAUUAGCCAAAAGUUUACAACUUAGACAUAAAGAACAGAAACAAAAAAGGGAACAAUGGCCAUUAUUUUCGAGCUAUGCAUGCUGGCAACAACUAGUAUCACAGACGAAAAAUUUGAGCAGGGACCACGUAGCUUUAUCCGAAGUAUAUUCAACCCACUUAGUAUCUAGAUUGUCGCAGGUCAUGGAGGACGUACAGCGAAUAUACAAAAGAUGUCGCGAAAUUGGAUAUGAGACGCACGAGGAAAUUCUCAGAGUUUUACACGAACUUCACACAACAAUGAAAACAUAUCACAGCUAUCAGGCCGAACUGAGACAAACGGAGACCAAACUCAGGACAGCGGAGAUACAAAGGAGUAAACUUGAGGUCUCUCUGUCCCAAGACAAACUGGAACGUUCCAAAAAAUAUAAACUCAUGGAAAAAGAAGUUGCCAAAAGGAGGAAUAAGUACAACGAUGCAAAAUUAAAGGCUUUAAAAGCUAGAAAUGAAUAUAUUUUAUGUCUCGAGGCGUCCAAUACCACUAUUCAUAAGUAUUUUGUUGACGACUUAUCUGAUCUCAUUGAUUGCAUGGACUUUGGUUUUCACAACUGCAUCUCUCGCGCACUACUAAUGCACGUUACUGCCGAAGAAGGUAGACAGAAAUCUGUCCAAAAUGGUUUGGACACUCUCUCAGCCUGUAUAAACUCCCUGGACUCACGAUUUGAUAAACAAAGAUUCCUGGAGUACAAUCACAGUGCAUUUAUGAUCCCGAAGAAGCUAGAAUUCCAAGGACACAAAACUGAAGAGCCAGCAGAACCAGAAAUCCAAAACUUACUGCACCGAGAAAUGGAAAGCAGGCUUACUCAGCUGCAACAAAGGGUCACGUCUUUAAGGGCUGAGUCUGAAGAGGUGUGGAAAACUUUGGAAACUGCAGAAACGACGCUUUUGGAUAUGUUAAGCGCGAAAGAUUAUGAUUGCAGUGGGUAUUUUGGCGAUAAUGCGCAACCCUUGAGUAAACCUCCCGAAACUGUCUCAAUCAAAGCAAGAUCUGAUCGACAAGAGACCGAAGAAUUCUAUUUAACUAAAUUCCGGGAAUAUUUAUUAGGCUCGUCCAAAAUAGCAAGACUGGACGCGAAACAAGAGUACCUUCGACAAUCUUUGGUAGCCGAGGCUCCAGAACUGUGCCAAACAAUCAGACCGGUCGCCAAAACACCCAAAAGGAAACGAAUAGGCCGACUGCAAUUAAGCGGACAACCAAAAUUAUUUGGCGGGUCCAUAGAAGAAUACCAAGAAGCCACAAAUCAAGAAAUUCCCUUAAUUCUUAGGUCUUGCAUUAGGGUUAUUAAUUUAUAUGGUUUACACCAUCAAGGUAUCUUUAGAGUGUCGGGUUCUCAAGUCGAAAUAAAUAACUUCAGGGAAUGGUUUGAAAGGGGGGAAGAUCCUCUGGCAGACAUGACAGAUGCGUCUGACAUAAACAGCGUUGCUGGAGUGUUCAAGCUUUACCUCAGAGAACUGAGAGAACCUUUGUUUCCUAUCAUUUACUUUGAACAAUUUAUGGAGCUAGCACAAUUAGAAAACAAAAGGGACUUCAUUUCCAAGAUGCGUGAGGUGGUCAAGAGCCUUCCCCGACCAGUGAUGAUUGUUUUGCGUUAUCUCUUUGCAUUUUUGAACCACCUUUCCGAAUUUGCCGAUGAAAACAUGAUGGACCCUUAUAACCUGGCUAUAUGUUUCGGCCCAACUUUAGUUCCAGUUCCAGACGAUAAAGAUCAGGUGCAAUACCAGAACCAGGUCAACGAGCUUAUCAAGAACAUCAUCAUAUACCAUGACGAAAUCUUUCCUAAUGAUGGUGGGCCGGUUUACGAAAAAUAUAUUUCUCCAAACACCGACGAUCAGGAUGUAGGGGAUUCACCUUCAGAUCAAACUCAAGAUGACAUAGAUUCGGAAGUAUGUCCUUCAGAAGAUGAUUCAGAAAAUAUUGAAGCCACAGCGCAAUUCGACUUUAUCGCAAGAUCAAAUAGGGAGCUAUCGUUAAAAAGGGGGGAUAAUGUGACUUUAUACUCGCAAGUGUCAAACGAUUGGUGGAGAGGUGCUGUUAACGGUCAAGAGGGCCUUGUUCCUGAUAAAUAUAUCUCAUUGAAAAUUAAAGAUGACGAGCGCGAUAGGGACAAGGCCAGUAAUCUAAAGGCCAGCUCGUCGGAGGAAUCGGUGCUGCGCAGAACGUCCAGUUCCAACGAAUCCGAAAUAUUAACCGAUGCGCAUAACAAUUUAUCGUCUAGUGGCGGGCCGGUGUGGCCCAGCUCAGAGCAUAUCCCUGCAGAUGAGGCAGUGAUUUCAAAAGAAGAAAUAGGCUUAGCGAUUCAGAAGGUGCUAAAAAAAGAUUUACCCGUCAGUAAAACGACAAACUCUAAUACCACAGAGCAGGAAAAAGAAAAUAUUAGUGAAGAUUCUCAAACCGUACGUAAAGAAAAAUCGGAAAUCGACGAGUCGAACGUUAAUUUUUCGCAGAGUCGAGAUUUGUGGCAGAGGAGGGCUAAUAUUGAAGCAGCAUCCUCGCCUCUAAUCAAAGCCCAAAGACUGUCAGAACCUUUUGUUCACAGACAAAGCCACACUCCGGACCUGGUCAUGGACUUACCACUAGCCAGUUCAGUGUCAGUUUUUUCAAAUUUGUGCCUGAACAGCUCGCCUGAAGACACGAACAAUGUAGAAAAGCCUCCGCAAGAAGUCGAAAGCCCCGAAAUGACCACAGCAGCCGAAACAUUCGCCAAACAAAACCAAUGUACUUUAAAAAAGAAUACGAAAAUUCUGCUGGACGACGAAUUCAUGACCAUCACUAGCCCAGUGCCAAACAGGAAGUACGCAACGCUCGGCGCAGCGACUUCGACCUCUACUUUUAAGCCCCCUACAAAAGCCAAACCCAUGGUGCUCAAAAAACCUGUAUUUUCCGUACCUUUACGAUCAGUGUCCAUAGAAAUGGUUUGUAACAAGGAAUCGGAACUUCCUCCGUAAACGAAACUUGCUCACGUUUCUAACUGGAGAAUGAGAUUCAUAUUUUUUAUAAAGUUUACUUAAAAACCAUGUUUGUUUUGCAAAUCCUUGUGUACUCAUCUUUAAAAUAAUUUGAUUUUCGAACGACAACAUCGACUGACCAUGCUUAGGGUGCAAUAGAUUUAUGCAACUUAGAUCUGGCUACAUUGUAGGAAUGAGUCAAAUAAAAACAGAACAAAUUUAUCCAGUCUGUUAAGUUUUUUAAUUAUUCGUCUAUUUUAUUAGGCCAAGAAACUUAACAAACAGGCUUUGUGAAAUAUAUAUUUUUUAUAGUUACUGUUAAUAUAUGUGUUUUUUUAAUCUUAUACAGUACCAUUCAAAAAUGGGAAACAAUUUUACCUUCUCAUAUUGACACUUCAAUAAGUCUUUGAAUUAAAUAUAGAUAAGAUACAGCAUGCCUGGCUUGGACAAUGCCCGAAAUACUUUUGCGAAAGGUGUGUUUAUUACGCAGACAGUGCUGGGAGCGAUGUAUCUUUUAGUAUAUUUAAUGCAAACUUCAAAUACUAAAAUUAACAAAACAAAAACAGAAUACAAUAAUGUAUGUGAUAUUUAGUCGAGCCCUUUUAAGAAUCUAUAUUUUAAAAAUAAAAAAAUCACUUUUAUUAUUGUUUUCUUCUUUAUGGUACUGUAUUUUUCGUUUCUGUUUCUAUAAUGACCUAUAGAUAAACAGUAUGUCCAUUUAUUCAUUUAUUAUUAUACAAAAACAAUAUAUUGAAGAUUUCAGGAGCUGAUAAGACUGCAGUAGUUUGUAGUGGAAGUUUAGUAGCGACGAAAGUUAGGACUUAUUAUUUUUAAAGCGUACAGCUCAAAGGAGUAAAUGUUAAUUUGUUUUAGAAUUUUCAGGUGGUAUAUAUAUUUUUUUUAUUCGAAAUAUUUAUUAGCCGUGGCAUUUUUAAGUUUUUGACUUUGUCUGUUGAAUGAGAUACGCGUGGCCUACUGGAUUAUACGUAAGCCAUUGUAAAUAGUUUUAUGUUGUGUAGUGUACACACUAUAUUUUUUAUAUUAAGUCGUUUUAAAUAAGGAAUUAUUAUAGCUUGGCAUUUUUCGAUUAAGUUUUCAUGAGCAACCACAUAUAAUAUACAGUUCAACUUUAUGCUGUAUUAAAGGAAUUCGUAUUGACAAUUUGCAGUAUUCUUACUAUAUGAAGGCUAAAAUUUAUGUAUGGCCUAGAAGGUGAUUCUUUUUUACAAAUACCAUAUACCAUACCCAAUUCAUAUUCUCUAUAACUCUUUGUGUAUUGGAUUUAUAAUAAAUCCAGUUUCUGCAA